AUGGAUUUGGCAGCCAGUCCCAGUCCCCCUCUCCCACGCCCUUGCCCUAGCAAGGAUAACACAGCUAUUGUAGUACGUUUGGUCGUCCUGGCCGUCAUCGCCAUGUUCCUCCUGCACAUACUGGGCUCGCUGCGCCGGCUCUCGAGCAACAGCCUCCUCCACGCCGUCGUGGUGGGGGUCUACACGCUCUCCUACCCUCUCGUGGGCUACACCAUCGGGCGGAUGGACUCCUCCGGCUGGGCGUACUACGACUUCGCCGUGUGGGCGGUCUUCCUGCUGCUGCUCCUCGGCAGCACAGACAGCCUCACGGCUUGCCGCCUCAGCGACAUCGAGAGCUGGAAGAGCAUCUACGUGAAGCACCUCUACAAGGGGUUCCUGCUGGUGUCCAUCGUCUUGAAGUUCAGCGGAGGCGCGCCCUACCUUCUGCCGCUCUCGGCCAUCCUGCUCGUCGUCGUGCUCAAGUGGUACGUGAUGAUCGCGUCCAUGAGGGUGGUGAGCAAGGAGUACCUGUGCAAGAACGUGAAGGUGGUCGCCGACUACAUGCGGCACAAGGACAACCUGCUUGUGCCCUUCGAUCCUGUGACCAUGGAAGGCUACCGGUACAUGGUCGCCGGCGAGAAAUACUGCAUCGGCAAGCGACGGCCUGCUGGGUGCAGCAGCACAAAGGACGACGACUUGACGAAGGUGACCACCGUGGAGCAGGUCUGGCGUUCCACGGGGAGUCUGCUGGUCCAUGAGAGGGGCAAGUUGCUUAAGGACGUGUGCCUGUCUAUGGCGCUUUCCAAGAUGCUCAACCGGAGGUUCGCCGGCUUUGAGAUCUCAGAGGCUGGGCUUGACAAGACCCAUGACUUCGUGUUCAAAGGCCUGCUCGCCGGCGACGACAAGCCUUACCAGCGGGCGUUCAGGGUCGUCGAGGAAGAGCUUGUUUUUGUCCACGACAUAUAUUACACGAGGUACUCUUACCUCUACCAGAAGGGUCCAUACUUGGCUCUCUGUCUGCCGGUCACCAUGUUUGCCCUAUGGUCAUGGCUUAUCUGCCGGGUCGUCAAGCAUCGCUCCCAUGGCGACCGCUCUCUGAGUGACGCCACCAUAUUCAUAGCGGGUGUCUUGGCAUUCCUGGAGGCAUAUCAGCUGUACCUGUACAUAGCCUCAGGCUGGUUCAAGGUGGCGCUGAUACGGAGCUACGUCGUCACCACGUUUUGGCACACAAGAAGUGGUUGUUUCCUUGAGAUGAUCAUAGGACUUCUCCUGAGGUUAAAGGGGUUUCGCCCAUGGAAGGACAAACUUGGGCAGUAUUGUGUCCUCCAGGCGCUUGGCCACAGAAAUCGGGUUCGGAAUUGUCUCCACUACGCUACACUGCACCUGGUGGACAAGGCCAAGAACAAGAAGGGGUGCAAGAAUUCGGUCAGGCUGUCGGAAAACGUGAAGAAAGCCAUUGUUGAUUGUCUACUAGGAAGCAACGGCCACCUCACCAACGGGGUAGCAUCGCUGCGAAACAAUGGUGUCCAUGGGCAGCUAUCAUCAUGGGCAUGUGAUACUACUGCUACCGACGGAAUGGUGACUCGCAACAUACUGGUCUGGCACGUUGCUACAACCCUGUGUGAGCACCAGCUGGAUGCAGCAGGAAGAAAUCAAGACACGGUCAGAACCGCCUCCAUUUUAUCGGGGUACUGCAUGCAUCUCCUAGCUUUCGAGCCUAACCUCUUGCCUGACCACUGCUCUAUAUCGGAAUCCAUACUUGAUAAAUCGAUCGAAGAAGCUGACAAGUUACUCAAAGGAGCCAAGACGAUGAAGAUCAGGUGUGACAAGCUAAUGAAAAUUGGCACCCAUGAUGGUGAUAGUGAUGAAGCACCGCUUGUUGAGCAGGGCGCUCUGCUUGCAAGGCAUCUGAUUGAACACAUACCAGAACCGACGUUGAGGUGGAAGGUCCUUGCUGAUUUCUGGGCAGAGAUGAUGUUGUAUGUGUCGCCGUCGGAUGAUGCACGGGCGCAUCUGGAAGCUCUUGCCAGAGGAGGGGAGUUCAUCACGCAUCUUUGGGCGCUGCUCACUCACGCAGGUGUGCUCAAGCGAGGACCAACAGGGCCAAAGGAUGUUGUCUGA